CGCGACAGCGACCCCCGCAGUUCCCGGGCCCCGCGCAGCUCACGGGUGCCGGCAGGUGCGCUGUGCGCGGGACCCUGCGCUCAGGUCCCCCCCCCGCGCCCGGCGCACCGCCCUCUCCGCCCCGCCCCGCUCCGCCCCCGCCCGCCCGCGGGCGGCCCGGGGCUGGGCCUGCAGCUGCGGUCUGCUAGCAGCGCACCGGGCAUGGGCCGGUGAGAGCGCCGAGGCUCCGCGCCGUGGCCUCUCGUCGCCGUGCGCGUCCGGCCGGGGAGUGCGCCCGCUCGCGGCGGGGAGCGCGCGGGAGGGCGGCGGAGACUCGGGCCCGCGGCUGCGGCGGCUGUGUGCGCCCGGCUCGGAGCGGGGCCGCGAUGCGCUGAGCGCGGCGGGUAGAGCGCGCGCCUGGCUCCUCUCGGCUGCGGCGCGGGGCGGGGGCUGAGCCCAUGGCAGCCGCGGGCGCUCGGCGGGGCUUCUGGACGCCGUGGCCAUCGCUGCUGCUGCUGCUUUUGCAGGUGGCGGGGCCCGCGGGCGCCCUCGCCGAGACCCUGCGGGGCGCGCACAGAGCCAUGGGCAGCAGCUCCAGCCCGCCCAGCCCCGCGAGCGUGGUGGCGCCCGGAACGACGCCUUUUGAGGAGAGUCGCCUGCCGGUGUUCACCCUGGACUACCCCCACGUGCAGAUCCCCUUCGAGAUCACCCUGUGGAUCCUGCUGGCCUCCUUGGCCAAGAUCGGCUUCCAUCUCUAUCACAAGUUGCCCACAAUCGUUCCUGAGAGCUGCCUUCUUAUUAUGGUUGGACUUCUCCUAGGUGGGAUUAUUUUUGGAGUUGAUGAAAAGUCUCCCCCAGCAAUGAAGACAGAUGUGUUUUUCCUCUAUCUCCUCCCACCCAUUGUGCUCGAUGCGGGAUAUUUCAUGCCCACUCGUCCAUUCUUUGAGAACAUCGGCACUAUUUUCUGGUAUGCUGUGGUAGGCACUCUGUGGAACUCCAUUGGCAUUGGGGUGUCCCUGUUUGGUAUCUGCCAGAUUGAAGCCUUUGGCCUGAGUGACAUCACUCUGCUGCAGAAUCUGCUCUUUGGCAGCUUGAUCUCAGCAGUGGAUCCUGUGGCUGUUCUCGCGGUCUUUGAGAACAUUCAUGUCAAUGAGCAGCUCUACAUUCUGGUCUUUGGAGAGUCCCUGCUGAAUGAUGCAGUGACAGUGGUCCUGUACAACUUGUUCAAGUCUUUUUGCCAGAUGAAAACCAUUGAGACCAUUGACGUGUUUGCUGGAAUUGCUAACUUCUUUGUUGUGGGAAUUGGUGGGGUGUUGAUUGGCAUCUUCCUGGGAUUUAUAGCGGCAUUUACGACUCGGUUCACACAUAAUAUUAGAGUGAUUGAGCCACUCUUUGUCUUCCUGUACAGUUAUCUGUCCUAUAUCACAGCCGAAAUGUUUCACCUCUCAGGGAUCAUGGCAAUCACUGCUUGUGCCAUGACAAUGAAUAAGUAUGUGGAGGAAAAUGUAUCUCAGAAAUCCUACACCACCAUCAAAUAUUUCAUGAAGAUGCUGAGCAGUGUCAGUGAGACCCUGAUCUUCAUUUUUAUGGGGGUGUCCACCGUUGGGAAGAACCAUGAGUGGAACUGGGCUUUCGUCUGUUUCACCUUGGCCUUCUGCCUGAUUUGGAGAGCACUGGGUGUUUUUGUCCUGACACAAGUCAUUAACUGGUUCCGGACCAUCCCCCUGACCUUUAAGGACCAAUUCAUCAUUGCCUACGGGGGGCUUCGGGGCGCCAUCUGCUUUGCCCUCGUGUUUCUCCUCCCUGCUACUGUGUUUCCUCGGAAAAAGCUCUUCAUUACAGCGGCCAUCGUUGUCAUCUUCUUUACCGUUUUCAUCCUGGGAAUAACUAUCCGACCACUGGUGGAGUUCCUUGAUGUUAAGAGGUCCAAUAAGAAACAGCAAGCUGUCAGUGAAGAAAUUCAUUGUCGGUUCUUUGAUCAUGUCAAGACCGGGAUUGAAGAUGUUUGUGGACAUUGGGGUCACAACUUUUGGAGAGAUAAGUUCAAGAAGUUUGAUGACAAAUAUCUACGAAAACUUUUGAUUCGGGAAAACCAACCCAAAUCCAGCAUUGUGUCCUUGUAUAAAAAGCUGGAAAUAAAACAUGCCAUCGAGAUGGCAGAGACUGGGAUGAUCAGCACUGUUCCUUCUUUUGCAUCACUAAACGACUGCCAUGAAGAAAAAAUAAGGAAGCUUACUCCUGGUGAAAUGGAUGAAAUCCGAGAGAUACUCUCCAGAAAUCUCUAUCAGAUCCGCCAACGAACUUUGUCCUACAAUAGACACAACCUGACAGCUGACACAAGUGAGAGACAAGCCAAGGAGAUCCUGAUCCGCAGGCGGCACAGCUUACGAGAAAGCAUCCGGAAGGACAAUAGCUUGAACCGGGACCGCAGGGCUUCCACUUCAACCUCCAGAUAUUUAUCCUUACCCAAAAAUACAAAACUUCCAGAAAAGCUACAAAAGAAAAGGAAAAUUUCCAAUGCAGGUGGCAACAGCAGUGACUCGGACACAGACGCCGGGACCACCGUCCUCAAUUUGCAGCCCCGAGCAAGGCACUUUUUGGCGGAUCAGUUCUCAAAGAAAUCUCCCCAGGUCUUCUCGAUGGAAUGGAAGAACGAGGUCAAUGUUGAUUCUGGCCAAGGGCAUCCCUGCAGCCCCCCAGAACCCCACAGUAAAGAGGGGGGCACCAAGACCCCAGGUGUGCUAAGGCAACCACUUCUCUCCAAAGGCCAGUUGGGCUUGGUGCGGCAAGACAGUGUAACUGAAGGUAGUCAGCCCCAGCCACCACCCAGGCUGGUCCGGAGGGCAUCAGAGCCUGGGAGCCGGAAAACCCGAUUUGGAAGUGAGAAGCCUUAAGGGGAAAUCGCCAACACUGACUUGGGGGUGCCAGGCCCAGCAUAGCUGUGCUUGUUCCUCUGCAUCCAGACAUCUGUGCAAUCUGCUGAAACCCUGUGCAUCUAAACACUUUCUUUGGGUGGUAGAGUCUUGCCAUGGGUUAAUGGGAUGAACACUUUUUUACCCCCAGAAGAAAAUCAAAGAGUCUCAUAAAAGUUCUUUUAUGACUUCUUGUUAGCAGUUGGAUCCUUUGCUGGCCUCAAGGGAAUAAACAACCCCCAUCCCCAAACAUGUGCCUUUAUGAACUUGAAAUUUUUGAUGCAGUUGUGUUGGUGAAGAUUUUAAUAUAUACGUGUAUAUGCCUCAAAUUUUAUUUAUGAAGAAAUGAACGUAUCUGUCAUCUGUUUCGAAGUGAAUGACACUAAAGAUACCAAAAGCAUCUCUCCAUGAGGUCCUGGGCAUCAGCCUCAGAGUUUCUGAUCACUGCCAACAGGAAAAAGAAGAAACAGCCAAGUGUGGAGGAAAGAAUCGUUAGGGAAACGGUUUCAGUAUGUAGCCACAUAUUGAAUCAGAGUAUCAGAGAGCACACGGGAAGCCCUGCUGUUGCUAUGUAGUAAGGAGAGUCAACUGGUUUUCAGUUAGUUGCUUAUUCUGUUUUGUGUUAGGGCUAACAUGGGGAUCCUACCUUCCAUUUUUCUAAAUGGUACAAUCAGGAGAGUUGGUUAGGUCACGGGAGCUACAGCUUAUGGCAUCUGACUGACUUGGUGGCAGCUCUUGAGGAAGCUUCUCCUUGGGCCUUGUGGUGUGUGGAGAGGGAGGGCUGUGUCUGCUUAGAACAUGUAGACAGGUUUUUAUAUUGUGCAAUACUGGAAGAAGGAGGCAGGAGAUUCCUUUACUUACGUACCCAUCUGUGACCACCUGCCUGAACAUCUUCCUGUUGAGUAUUUUAGAACUUGAUUUGAAUGCAGGUUAGACACUGCAAGCAGACAAGGUUGAAAAUUUAUAUAAAACAGCAGCCCCAGUGUUUAACAAAUCAAGAGAUGUCAGGUUUUGAGUUCUAUUCAGGAAGCACUUUGGAGAACAUGGGAAUUUUACUUUUUUUUUUUUUUUUGCAUUAGUCUGUAAUUUGUUACCUCUCUCCCUUCAAUAAAGUAGGACUGGAAAUUAUUCAGAUGAGAAUGAAUUCUACCCACUGGGAAAUUUUUUCCAAGUGCAUCAGAGAGAUUAGGAAUAGAACAUAAUCAUUAAAGAUGAAUAUUUGAAUCUGUGUCUCUUAAACUAUAGCUUUCAUCAACCUCUUUGAAACGAGUAGAAAAGGAUUCUAGAUUUCUGGGUUUGAUAUAAAAUACAAGCAUUCCCAGAUUUACACGGGAGAGACAGCAAAAGAUACAAGUGAAUACAGUGUUAUUGAUGGGGAAACAUAAGUAAAUUGAAAUAAAAAGAUACAGUACUUUAGUACUUUUCCCUCCUCUAUUUCUCACCCUUUCCUUCAACUCUAUAAAUGUUGAAAAGUAAAUCUGUCCUUUAUUCUCAGUUGUCUUAGAAUCUUGGGUGUGAGACAGAGGGAAGGGAGACUCAUAAGGUACAAGUUCAUAAAGAGCACAAUCUUUUCCCGAACUCUCCCAAGUUGAUCAGUUUAAAGCAGUGCAGACAUUAUUGGCUUAGUGUCCUGUGCCAAAAUCUCUAUUUUAAAUAUAAAUAUUUAUAAAAGAGUAUACAUAUAUAUAUUUCUUUUGCUGAAAAUAAAAAUGCCUUUAAUUUAGACUUCUAUUAUAGGAAUUUGAUUCAUCAAAGAGGUAUAUAUGUAAUUUUGAAAACAUCAUGAGGAAAAUUUCUAAAGUUGUGGUAUAUAUAUAUAAAAAGCACCGUAAGGAAAGCGAAUUCAAAAUAAAUUUCCUGAUUCCCUCUCCCACUUCCUAUAUUAAUAUUGUAACAAGGCUAACUUUCUGAAACUGAGGAGAAAACACAAAGUUUUUAUUAUCAAUUCUUGUUAAGCAAGUAGACCAAAUUCAGAAGGAAUCUGGAUGACACUGUGUAAAUUUCAAAAGAGGAACACUUAAUGUCAUUUUUUAUUUAUCAUCAGUGUAUGUUUGAUUUUAUUUGUUGAAUUACAAAAGCAAUGGAAAAAUAAAUUUGACUUGAUUUA